CGUGGGUGCUAAAUCAGUCCACCAGUGAGUUUAACAGAGUAGGGGAAUUUAUUUAUGCCUCGGAUGGCCAGCUUCCAGCUGUUGAAAGCUGAUUCAUCUACUAUCAUAGUUUAAAAAAGACUAGUUGCACCAUUGCACUCGGGCUUUGAUCACGUGAUGUAAACAGUCCGCAAUCAGGCUGUGGAUCAACAGGCGUUACAUCGCCCUCUGCCGUUUGGGAGGACACAAUGGCGGCAAGGGAGCUUUAUUUGUGCUGCACUUUUUGCACCCAGAAGCAUUUCAAAGCGCUUUACUGACGUUCAAAAGCAGGCAAAAGAAAUGUGAAAAGUUAAACAAAAAUAUAAAACGUUCUUGCUGAUUUUUAUAUAGUUGAGACAGAAGUUGUGCACAUUGUUGUUACAAGAACAGGUAGGCAAUGCUCCUUUUACAUUGGAAGCCAACUGUGGAACUAGAACAAUAGCAAGAAAGUAAAUAAAAAACAGAUUGACUAAAGAUACUGAAAGAACUUUUACAGAAUACUGCAGUUUUCUUUAGAUUUGAUCCUUAUAGUCCUUGAAAAAUGUUUAAUUAUAUUCAAAGUGGUAUUUUCACACUUAGGCAACUCUUCUUUUUUGUCUUGUCAGCUUUUUAAUCCUGGUUUUGUGUGUCUUAGAAAAAGUUUACUCUCUUGAUCUUGAUAGGGAGUGCCUUUUAAAUUUUAAGGAACCGUUAUUCAGUGAAGAGAAGGAUAAAUAAUCUAUCACUCGUGAAAAACAGUUGAUGAAUUAUUUGUUGGGUCCGGCCGUCACUUGAUGCUACAACAGAAGCUCAGCUUUAGACUGGCUUGAGUGUUAAGCAAAGCUGCUUUUCUAACUAAAGCAUAAAGAAACUUUAAAAUAUUUGUUAUUUUGGGAAUUUGGUUCUGGGAUGGAGCUUGCAAAAAGCUGUGUGGAUAUUUGGAUCCGUUCCUUUGGGAGUUGCUCUCUGCUGCAGCCUCUGUGGGACAGCCUGAGGCUCAACUACAAAGAUUAUUUGAGAUCUCCACUUUUUCCAGUGGCACUGACCGUGUCAUCCUAUUUUGUCUUUUGCCUACCUUUCCUUGCCUGUGACAUCAUGGGGGACAAGUGGGUAUGGAUCCAGCAAUUCAAGAUUCAACCAAGCCGUCGGCCAACAGCAUCUUCAAUGCUGCACUGCGCUUCUGUCACAUUGUACAACCACAUGUUUCUUGUGCUCCCUGCAUCGGUGGCCCAGUGGGUAUGGAGGCCACCGGUGGACCUACCAGACCAGGCUCCAUCGCUCUUGGAUUUGCUUUCCGGGGUUUUAGGCAAUCUCCUGUUAUUCGACUUUCAGUACUACAUUUGGCACCUGCUCCAUCACAAGAUCCGCUGGCUCUAUGUCACCUUCCACGCCAUCCACCACCAGUACUCUUCGCCAUUUGCUCUCGCCACCCAGUGUUUGAGUGGUUGGGAGCUGAUCACAGUGGGAUUUUGGACCACCCUUAAUCCAAUAAUCCUAAAAUCCCAUCUACUCACCACAUGGGCCUUCAUGGUUUUCCAUGUGUAUGUGUCCAUAGAGGACCACUGUGGAUAUGAUUUUCCCUGGUCUACAACACAUCUGUUUCCAUGUGGCAUCUAUGGAGGCGCCAGCAAGCAUGAUGUGCACCACCAGAAACCCAACACCAACUUUGCUCCACACUUCAGUCACUGGGACAUAGUAUUUGGCACACAUAGUGGCAGUUUUCCUUCUUCUUCAGAAAAGGAUAAAGAUAACUCCAGUUAGACAUCAACCAAACAAUCAAAAGGCUGUGCUUAAUUAUACCUUUGCAUGAAGUAAUGUCUAUAACCAUAACAUCUGAGUGGAUCUUUUAUUUACUUUUACAGUUAGAGUAUAAAUGCUUGCUUGCAUCUGUUUGUCAGCAUGUUUGCUGUCUUGAUUAAAGCUUAUAGUAUAUCACUCACAAUGCAUUAUUUGAAUUUGCUGAAUUGGUCUCUCUCAGCUUCCUUCUUAAAUGUUAGAUGGAAAUAAAUGAUCUAA